GGCAGGAGAGAGUGAGGAGGUGGAGCUGCAGGGCGACACUCACAGCUGUGGUCAUUUACCAGUGAACUCUCGUACUAGCAACAACCAGCAACAGCAACAAGCUAUUUCAGUGAAUAUCCCUCCUGGAUCCAUCUUACAAUUAGUACUUGCUCUCCUAAAACGAAAAAAAAAUUGACGAACAGUUACUGAUAACAUCACCGAAGUGUAUAGCAGACGAUUUUAAAGUCAGAGAAGAAAAUGUAUUCUUUACGGUACUCGAAGUGGCUGAGAAUGUUUACAACAACGUGUUAGAAGUGAAUGAACUCUGGUGACGUCAGAUGCGAAGGCUUGUACCGCUGUUAUGAUGGCUUUCUGGCUAACUCGGUUACACUCACAUCAAAUUUUAACGGCAAUGGCAGUUCAAAAAGAGAGUAAAUUGUGAAAGAAAAUUAAAUAUACAUUACUAGGAUGAAAAGAGGUGGAUGGAGAAUUGGAGGCAGCGAUCUGCUGCACAGCGUCAUCUACUUCCUUCUGAACACGAUCUUCGUUAGUUCUCAGUGUCCGUGGCCGGAGGACACCAGCAAGCUCGACAGUUCCUGCGUGUGCGCCUUCAACUUGCAGAACGAACUGUCGAUUCAGUGCAGAGCUGUGAACUUUGCGUUGCUCAUGAUGGUGUUACAACAGGACUCAUCCCUGCCUCUCAAACUACUUCACGUUAAAAAUACCACCAUCAGUGUUCUCACAGACAAUAUUUUCUACGGUCUCACCAUCGAGAACCUUCAGUUGUCCUGGUGUGAUAUUCGUAGUAUAAGUGGAGGAGCGUUCUCUGGUCUGGAAGACACCCUUGCUAACUUAAGCCUGCAAGACAACCGGCUGGAACAGGUACCCACUGAGGCUCUUAAAAACUUACGUCGUCUCCAGCUCCUAGACCUUUCUGCCAACCGCCUCACCCUCAUCCCAGAUAAUGCCUUCAGGGGCCUUCGCCUCUCCAUACUAAAGCUGGCCGACAACGAUCUCUCCUUGACUGAGCAGUCCUUGUCAGGGCUGGAGAAAACAUUAAAAAAUCUCAGCUUGAAGAGAACUAGCUUGAGUGUGCUACCCCGCUCCAUACUUACCCUCCACACGCUCGCUUUUCUCGACCUCGCCCACAAUCAGAUCCGCAGUCUAGAGAGAGGUGCCCUGCAGGAACUGGACUCCCUGGCUGCCCUCAACCUGGAGAAGAACCAGCUGUCAACGCUGCAUCCCCAUGACUUCCUGGGCAUCAAUGACACACUCACCUCCCUCUCACUCCUCAACAACCACCUCGAGUACUUUCCCCGCGAUGCUUUCAAUACGUUGUCACAACUCAAGGUUCUGGACAUCGGGUUCAACAUGAUUACCGAGGUUCCCGUUAAUGCUUUCAGUCAAGUGAAGUCCUUACGACUUCUCGCCCUGGACGGUAACCCCCUCACUACUCUGCCUGCUCAGGCUUUCACACACCUCACCUCCCUCAAGGGACUCUCUCUAGGUGUCCGUUGA